GAGAAUCACAGAAGAGAAGAAGGGGGAUGGUUUUCAACACGAGAAGAAGAAGCUUGGUGACGUCGUUUGCUCUGCGACAAAACACCGUGAAUGUAGCAUGUAGCAGCAGCUACAAGCGACUUUUCUGGAUAUUGCUGCUGACUACGAGAUUAAAACGACAAUGCGGGCUUUGCUGACGACCCUAUGACUAUGUGACAACCAGUCGUGUCUCGGUGGUGUUGUGGAGCAGUGCAUGCCCCCGGAGCAGGAGGUGGAGGAGGAGGAGGCCAGGCGGAGGGUCUGAGCUCUGUUGUCGGCGGCUGUCUGUGUCCGGGAUGGAGACCUGGACCCCAAAUCCCAGAGCCAAGCCUUUCAUCCCUCGCCAACAAAGAAGCUUGUACCUCACCUGGAAAUACAAACUAACCAACAAGAGGACGAUUCGUCGGUUCUGUCAGGCUGGUGCUGUGCUGUUUCUGUUGAUAACUGUGAUAGUCAACAUCAAACUCAUCUUGGACACAAGAAAAGUAGCCAAUGAAGAUGCAGCAGCUCAAGAAUAUGAGGACACAAUACCCAACAUGGAGACACCACGCAGGCCGGCUAAUGGACGCAAGGUCCUGGACAUUGAGGUGUACUCCAGCCGCUCAAAGGUCUACGUGGCAGUGGACGGCACCACUGUGUUGGAAGAUGAUAUGCGGGAGCAGGGCAGAGGCAUCCAUGUGAUAGUUCUCAACCAGGCAACUGGUCAUGUGAUGGCCAAAAGGAUAUUCGACACCUACUCUCCCCACGAGGAUGAAGCCAUGAUCCUCUUCCUCAACAUGGUGACCCGGGGUCGAGUCCUCAUCUUCACCAUAAAGGAUGAGGGAACGUUCCACCUAAAGGAUGCUGCUAAGAACCUGUUGAAGAGUCUCGGCAGUCAGGUGUCCCUCAACCUCAGCUGGAGGGAUAUGUGGACUCUAGUGGUGAAGAAAGGAGGUCAGGUGUAUGGAGAAAAGCACUCAAAGUCUCCAGCUCUGUCCACCUGGGGAGACCCGGUGCUGCUAAAGACCGAGGUGCAGCUCACCGCCUCUGAAGAGGCGGAGUGCCACUGGGCAGACACCGAGCUCAACAGGAGGAGGAAGCUCUUCUGCAGCAAAGUGGAAGGAUACGGCAGCAUCUGCAGCUGCAAAGACCCGGCGCCCAUCGAGUUCAACCCUGACCCUCUUCCCAAAAAUAAUGUCGUCACUGUCCCAGUGGCCGUCAUAGCAGGGAACAGGCCCAACUAUCUCUACAGGAUGCUGAGGUCUCUUCUUUCAGCUCACGGCGUCAACCCGCAGAUGAUCACUGUCUUCAUCGAUGGAUAUUAUGAGGAGCCUAUGGAUGUCGUAGAGCUGUUUGGACUGAAGGGAGUUCAGCACACACCCAUUAGCAUCAAGAAUGCAAGAGUGUCCCAGCACUACAAGGCGAGUCUGACUGCAACCUUCAACCUUCACCCAGAGGCCAACUUUGCCAUCGUCCUAGAAGAAGACUUGGAUAUCUCCAUCGACUUCUUCGGAUUUAUGAGUCAGACCCUCCACCUGUUGGACGAAGAUGACAGCCUGUACUGUAUUUCAGCCUGGAACGACCAGGGCUAUGAGCAUACAGCAGAGGAUCCGGCCCUGCUGUACAGAGUGGAAAGUAUGCCCGGUCUGGGCUGGGUGCUGAAGAAGAGCCUCUACAAGGACGAACUAGAGCCAAAGUGGCCGACACCCGAGAAGCUGUGGGACUGGGACAUGUGGAUGAGAAUGCCUGAGCAGAGGAAAGGCCGAGAGUGCAUCAUCCCCGACGUGUCACGCUCGUACCAUUUUGGCAUCAUCGGCCUCAACAUGAACGGCUAUUUCCAUGAGGUAUAUUUCAAGAAACACAGGUUCAACACAGUUCCCAAUGUGCAGCUGAGGAACGUUGACAGUUUAAAGCAAGAUGCUUAUGAAGUGGAGAUCCAAAACCUGUUGAAGGAAGCGGAGGUGCUGGACCACACUAAGAACCCGUGUGAGGACUCGUUCCUGCCGGACUCCGAGGGGAAGACCUACAUCAUGUUCAUUAAGAUGGAGACAGAGACGGACACAUCUACCUGGACAGAGCUCGCCAAGUGCCUCCAUGUUUGGGACCUGGAUGUUCGGGGAUACCACCGAGGCCUGUGGCGGCUCUUCAGAAAAAGGAAUCAUGUCCUGGUGGUGGCCGCUCCAAUAUCCCCAUACUCUGUGAAGAAACCAGCAAGUGUCACUCCCAUUCACUUAGAGCCUCCGCCCAAAGAAGAGGGAGCACCGGUGGAGCAGAUGUAGACCUGAUGUAACACACACACACACAACACACACACACACACACACACACACACACACACACACACACACACACACACACACACACACACACACACACACACACACACUUAAUUCAACCAGCCCAGGCCUUAACUCUUCUUCUCCUCUCUUCACCAACAACCACCAAUAAUACAGUCCGGGAUCCACAAAAAACUUCUCUGAAUUUUCCUUGAUGUGAACUUAUGUACGAGAAGAUACCUUGGAAAUGGAGUCCUUAUUUUGAUUCCUUUCUUAUUUCCAAACGAAAGGGGGAUUAACACUACAAAAUGCACUACUUCAUCCGUCCAACAGCUUUACAAGGAGCGAUGAUGCUAAAACCCGCUUUGGUUAAAGGUGACUGAACAACUGAAACAGAAUAUGAUUGUCAACAGGUGUCUUUUUCUGUUUCUGUAACAACUGUGGGCUGAUCCGCAGCCUCGUAAAUUCAAAAAUUCAACUUUGACUUUUAAACAAGAACUGUACAAAUGACAAUAACACACUCGCACCAAGUAAGCUCUCUCAGUUUGGUGUGUUUUUAACUACUGAGUGCUUUGUUCAUUUUGUACAUACAUUUUAACUUAUGUCUAUUUAUUUUACAUCUAUCAAUCGAAAAGAAUUUAUGUGGUAUUAUGGCUAUUUUUUUUUUUUAGAUCUAAUUUUAUCAAGAUCAGUGCAUUUUUAAGAGCCUAACGUUUACAGAUAAUGAAAUGAUAAUGUACAUACAUGCCUAUAUAUUUUUUGAUGAAAAAUGUAAAGGUUUAGCAUAUUUUUCAGCAUUAGAUAUUGACUUUGAGUUAGAGAGUUGAUAACAGCCCUGUGGGUUUUUACUAUUAUUGACUGCUUGGGUCAGUUGCCCGGAUCAGGUUUCAUGAGGGAAACUCAACGGUGGCUGAAAGAGACAAAAAUGAGAAAAUAUUUAUAGAUUUAGCAACAUACUCUCCUAUUAAAAAAGAUGUAAAACAUUAUGCUACCACACUUUUUCUAAUUAGACAUUUUAUACCUUUUGUUCAAAUCAGACAGUACCUAAAUUAUUUUUUUUAAAUCAUUUUUUACAUAUAGAUGUUAUUUGACGUUUAGAGCGCAUACUCAAAACAAAUGUGUAUUCUUUGAAAAUCAGAAAAAACAAGUUUAUAUUAAAGUUAGCUCCCAGGAAAAUUAUACUUUUAGUUGUUGGUGUUGAAAGUCUGUCAUAAGCAGUAGCAUUGAACAUUUUCAAAUGAUAUCCAGAGCCAACAUUUACACUACAACACAAAAGUGGAAAAUUAUAAAAAAAAAAGUCAAACUUUUUUUUAUUAAAUUCAGUUUAUAAUUUUAGUUUCAGAGUUACAUUUUUGGUCACAUUUUCCCACUUUAUUAUUUGCUCUUUGUCUUAGAAAUGCUACUUUAAUUCUUAAAAAUACAAAAUAAAGAAACGUGUCACUGUUCAUUUCAUUGUGUUUGGAGCUCACGGCAGUGUUGUAUUUGCUGCAUGUUCCUAAAUGCAGCGUACGUUUCAAACCACUGAAAAAUAAUCUUGUUCUGUCUGUGGGCAGAGUUUUGGCCUCUCUCAGCCACCUAAGAGGAUUUGUGGUUGCUGCUAUUGUAUUAGGGUCAUUAUUUCAAUAUCACAACGUAAAUGUCUUUCAAAGUAACGAGCAGUUUUUUUGUUGUUAUUGUAACGUAACAUCAUAUUAGAGAAAUUGGUUCUGUGGUACUUAUGUUGGAUUUUGAAACUGUUUUUCCAACAGUUAAUUAUGUUAAUUAUCUUGUUAACCCGGGAUGAGAGAUGGAAUUUCCGAAUCUCGUGAUUAUGAGAUACUAAGUCAUAAUUACUAUAUCUUGUGUUAUUUUGGGGGUAUGCAAUAUGUUAUGUUCAAUUGAGGUCAAGCAACAACUUAAGUUAAACAUAACAUUUACUCCUCUGCAGUUUAUCAAAAAGGAACUGGCGAUCAGAAACACUAAUAAAAUAAAAACAUUAAGCAAUUUAUUAACACUUAAAAAGAGGUACAAAACACUAUAAUGUAGCUAUAAACUUUUUGAGGCAUAUCUAUGAAGCAUCUGUAACUUAAAUUGAUAGUGGAAUCUUUAGAGUAACGUAUGGAUCGCUCUGUAUGUUAGUUCAAAAUAUAAAUCAAUACUCGUAGGCUAUGAAUGUUGACUGCCUGUUUCCUAGCAAUCACUGCCAUGGGAAAAGCUGGAGACGUUGUUUCCAUUGACACUGUUUCAACAAUUAUGUCCACAAACAGUUUAAUCCUAUUUUCACGAAUGAACUCAGUGAACAGUACCUGCUGUAACAUAUUAGAGCAUAUUUUACUUUCAUUAAAAGUGAGAAUUCAGAUGCUUCAAUGAGAAUUUACAGCUGUUGACAUUGUAAAACAUUUUUUGACUCACUUAUUUUGGCAUAUAACUGCAUUAUAGUGUUUUAUAGCUAUUUAUCAAUUGCUCAUGUAAAACUUAAAGACAUCAUUUAGGGGAUUACAAAAAUCAGCAUUCAUGAAAUACCCUUUGUUCUCACCAUUUCAAGUGAAAGGGGAGUGAUUUUAUUUGUGAGGAGAAUAUUCAUCCACCUACUUCACUUUUAAGUGAUUUCCAUCUGACGUAACACUGUACCGACUAAUUGAAUGAGUGUGUGUGUGUGUGUGUGUGAAUCACGUUUCAAUGCAUCGAUCAGUAUUUGCAGAGUGGUUUGAUUUCAAUGUGAUUAAUUUUGUGCUGAGUCAGAUAAUCCUGUCAGAGAUAACCACUUAUUCAGCAGUAUUACAGCCUGCGUCAUGACUGAAUUCAUUUUGUGGCCUGAAAAUUUCACUUUGGUUUUAAGAAAUAGAUUAUGCCUUCUUUUAAGAUGCUUUUUUCAUUUAGUUUUUUCAUUGAACUCUUAUUUUGGUAGGAUAUGUGUGUCUCUUUGUCAAACUAAAUCAUUGUCUCCUUAGCAAUACGGUUGAUUUUUGUGUUAUGCUGUGAGAUAUUCUGUGUGUGUUAAAGGUCCAUGGAGGUACUAUAAGUUUCCGGUACAGUUUGACACAUGUAUGAGUUGUUUUAUCUUUUAUCAUGGAGAUGAAUAAAGAUGUUUUUU